UUCCCGUCAACCUUAAACCUCCGAGCUAGUCACCGCUGAGCUAACCGCAGUAAGCUAACGGGCUUCGUCACCGGCAGGCUCCGUCACCUUUCUGGGGCUUCACCUCCGGUUUCAGCGGCAGAACUCCGUUCGGAAAGAUGGCUCUGCUCACGCCGCUGUUCGCGUUCCUGUACCACCUGCCGCAGGUGUACAAGUGGCUGCUGAAGCCGUACUACGUAGCCUCCCUCUUCAUGUCCGUCGCCUUCCUCGCCGUGCGCAAGACCCCCGGCGUCUGCGACCAUCUGGACACGCAGCGGGAGGACGGCAACUCCUGCGACUUCGACUGGAGAGAAGUGGAAAUCCUCAUGUUCCUCAGUGCCAUCGUCAUGAUGAAGAACAGACGAGCGAUUACCGUGGAGCAGCAUGUGGGAAACAUCAUCCUGUUCAGCAAAGUGGCCAACGUCAUUCUGUUCUUCAGACUGGACAUCAGGCUGGGAUUGCUCUACCUGACACUCUGCAUAGUGUUUUUGAUGACGUGUAAACCUCCUCUUUACAUGGGGCCAGAGUACAUCAAGUACUUCAGCGACAAAACCAUUGACGAUGAACUGGAAAGAGACAGUCGCGUGACGUGGAUUGUCGAGUUUUUCGCCAACUGGUCUCCAGAGUGCCAGUCCUUUGCUUCUGUCUAUGCCGACCUUUCCCUCAAGUAUAACUGUGCCGGCCUCAAGUUUGGCAAAGUGGACAUUGGACGAUAUGGGGAGGUUUCCAAAAGGUACAAGGUGUCUACGUCUCCUCUGUCCAAGCAGCUGCCCUCUCUGGUGUUGUUCCAGGGGGGGAAAGAGGUGAUGCGACGCCCCCAGGUGGACAAGAAGGGGAGGGCUGUAUCCUGGAGCUUCACUGAGGAGAACAUCAUCCGAGAGUUCAACCUGAACGAGCUCUUCCAGAAAUCCAAGCAGCUCAACAAGACGAAAGAGGACAAGCUCAGCCAGUCCAAGUUCCCACCCGUCCCCGAGGAGGAGGAGCCAGAGCAGCAGGGAGACGACGGCGGCCACCAGCAGGAGUCCGAAUCCAAGAAGGACAAAUGAGACUCCUGGAGGGAAACCCACGAGUCCAGACCAGCUCCUCCACCGCCUCCUCAUUGCUCUCCUCCUCUUCUGUCUUCAGUGUUCACUCGUGAGUGUCCUCGUGGAUCACUGACUGAGCCUUUAGCAGCAUUCAACACUAAACCCCCUUUAACCCCUGUGACCCGUCACGCGUGCAGCUUCAGUGACCUUGGUCUGUUUUUACCUUGUUAGACCUGAGCAGAGAGAACAAGUGUACAUUUAAGUGGAGAAGCAACAGUAACCCAGCGUUUGAAGAGGGCUGUGAUGCGUUCAAGUGCUCAGGUUAAAGCUGUGAAGCCUGAGCGACUGUUCAUAACGCAGGGUCACACGAGUUCUUACUAAUUAACAAGACGGCAGUGAAUGCGAUGCUGCCUUGUUUGUUGAUUUAGAUUUUUUUAAUGAAACUAAUUUAAUUCAGAGUAGAAAAAACAAAUCAUUUUAUGACUAAUUGUGUAUUCAUGUUAACCUUGUGACAACCUCCGGAACUGUGUGUGAAUUCAGUUGACAUGUUAACUGAUGGCUGGAGACACAAGUUUGAGAUGCAAAUACACUUAACUAUACAUAUUAUUUGUAAAUCACUUUUUUUUUUUUUACAAGUGCUUAAUGCAGGGCAGCAAAUUAAAAACUAAAUUAUUAAUAUUGUGUAUGUCACUAACCAGGUACCUAGUGUUAUGUUUUUAGAAUCAGCUUGUGAUGGGAUGGGAUCACCAGAGACAGAUGUGGUUUGUGUAUAUGGGUCCAGGAAGUUUCACACUGACUUUGCAUUCCCAACGUCUCUUUGUGUGUGUGCGCGUGACAGUCAAGUUAGGCAAUCAAAAUGAUUGGCUGAACAAUGGACAUUCCUUUGGUUCUACGCACAAUUGGCACAACGAUGACGUGAGAGCUUGUUUGCAGCUUCAGACAGACUUCUGUUUAUAGCGAGACCCCCCUCAUAUUCCUGGAUUGUCUGAGACACAUCCACCAUUUUGUUUCCAUCCGUGUAUUCUUUAUGAAUUCUCCUUUUGCAGUCUGAUUAAUCAGAGAAGCAAUUCCUGAUUGACAACAUUCCUGAUCAUGAUCAGUUUUGAGCCUGUGAUAUAUAGUUUAGAUUUGAUUUUUGACCAUUUGUCUUUUUUGUGUCAUGUUGCAUUUCAUCGCAGCUGAAUUCCAAGGCUUGUUUGUAUAUUUGCUCCUAUACUGUACAUGAUGGAGAAAACUGCUGGGAACACCUCCGAUGUUGUUCUGUUAUUCAUGCAAUAAAACAAUGUGCACACGA